AUUGAGCUCAAGGUGGGUAGCUGGUACCUGGCGCAUUCAGUACACCGGCAAACUCUCAGUGGGACAACAUCUACCCGGGUUUGAGAUGAAUCGGUUCAUGUGGUUUUUCCUGGUGGGGGUGUUGCUGCCCCUCGCCACCUCCCUCGUCACCUACACCUUCAUAUCCAUGGGGAGUAACGCCCUGGCGGUAGACGAGACAGGUGCUUUAAUUAUCAUCCUCACCCUAAUUAAGCUGGUACUCCUGUCAACACAAGGCAUCUUCCCCAUCAAUAUAAAUAAAGUCUUUAACAAUAUCAUUGAGAGGGGCAAGAGGUCCCCUGGCAGCAGCAGCAGGAAUACCAACAUCAUAGGGAGCUUUGAUAACAGUACACUUUAUCAGGUACCAGAGGUUGAUGUUAUGCCCUGCAUCAGAAGGUUCCUCUGUGAGCUGGAGGUGGCAGCCAGGACCAGCGACAACUACCUGCCAAAGGAACCAGAGGUGGUGAUGGACAGGAACCUGGAGGAGGAAGUGGCGCCUGAAGAGGUCGACCCGAUUUCUGAGAUGCAGGUGGAGGCCAUAAGGGCUUUGUACAGGGAAAAGGACCCCAUGGGAGAUCUUUCACCUCGAGGUCUCCGGGCGCUGGCGGUGAUGGAGGGAUUGACAGGUCCUUCGUGUGAGCUGGCGUACAGGUUGUGUCCCGGAAGGUACACGGCGCCGUUAGCCUACCGGGCCAUAUUCGAAGAGAUUAACCUCAUUGUCCACGACUACGACUGACCCACUCGACCAGGCCAGCCAGAUCUUCACUGACUGACUCACCCGACCAGGCCAACCAGAUCUACACCGACUGAGCCACCCGACCAGGCCAACCAGAUCUACACCGACUGACUCACCCGACCAAAACUGUUCUGAUCUAGUCCAAAUGACCCACCCGACCAGGCCAAUCAGAGCUACACUGAUUGACCCACCCGACCAGGUCAACCAAACCAAGCUGAUCAUACUAUAGUGACCACCAAGAUUUUCCUCGACUGACAAUCAGACCAAGCCUACCAAAAGCUCAACCAUCCCCGACUAACCACCCGACAACACUGCCCAGGCCGACCACACUCGUAUGGACCUUAGAGACCAGGGAGAGACCACGGGAAACUAGGAAACUUAAUGAAAACACUGAAGACACAAUAUCACAGAGACCAGAAUACCGACGUAGAGAACCCCAGAAACCACGAAGGAAUUAGUGACGAAAGCAGACCACAAGGAGCAUCUCGGUGACCAAAAACAUUUUUAACCAAUGUGAAAAAAAGAAACCACAGAGAAUUAUAAAUAGAAAACACCAACACAAAAGAGAUCCCCCAAAACAGAAAACGGGGAGAUUGUAGAAACCACAGAUAAGCAGAGACCAAGAGGGUUUCAGAGACCGAAGGAUCCGAACCUACUGAAGACGUGGCGGACCAUUGUAGCAGAGACCCCACACUCUCAAUAGAAACCAGAUAGUAACUCACACUCCGAAUAGAAACCAAAAAAAAAAAAUAAAGGAAAUAGGGAAGCAUUGAAAGAGGGAAGAAAGCGGAGCAAAACAAAAUAGGUAAGAACAGAUAAAAACAGUAGUAGUAGUAGUAACAGCAGUAGUAGUAGUAGUAGUAGUAGUAGUAGUAAACACGAGACAAAAUUAUACCUCUCGCGUACAAAAUCACAACUGUUACCAAGGCUGCGUGACCUUCCCUGGAUAACUCAGACAGCUACAGAAUGAUAAAGAACUUUUCAGUUUCCAAUAAGAUUAUAUGUCCUCGUUCACAGGUCCUUAUCGCAAUGAAAUUUGGGGGGAUUUUUCUAAUUAGUUGCAGAGUAAGACGAUUAGAUCAAUAAUUGUGUUGGCAAUUAUUGAUAAUGAUAAUAAAAACGAUUAUUAUUAUUUAUUAUUGUUAUUGUUGUUAAAAAGUAUAAAAAAAAAAUAUUAGUCUUACCGUAAUAAUAAAAGAACUAAGUAAAUUAACACAGAGGAACACUGAAGGUAACAGCCAUUCUGCUCAGUGGCGACAGACGGAAAAGAUUUACGAUAUUUUUUUGGAGUUGAUUAAUCUGUACACACGGGACUUAGCGACAUAGUCAAUAAGAAAAG